AACGCAUCCGAAUUCUCAAACUACUGCAACUUUCCCCAUCAAAUAUGAGCGCCCUUCCAAGGCUUGGCAAUCUUAAUACCUCCAGCAAUGGUGGCACCACUCAGGCAUGCGCUGCUUGUAAAUACCAACGUAGAAAAUGUGCCCCCGAUUGCAUUCUCGCCCCUUACUUCCCCCACGACCGUCAGAGACAAUUCCUCAACGCUCAUAAAUUAUUCGGCGUCAGUAACAUCACCAAGAUUAUCAAGAAUCUUGAACCGCUCGAGAAGGAAGAAGCCAUGCGCACCAUUAUCUUCCAGUCUGACGUGCGAGCCAGUGACCCCGUGUGGGGAUGUUAUGGAAUUAUAAGAGAACUUCAACGUCAGAUUGAGAUUAACAAGGCUGAACUGGAGUUAGUUCUUCACCAGGUGGCGAUUUGUCGGGCGCAAGCUCAGCAACAGAUUCAAGAAACUGAUGAUUCGGUUCUUCGUUAUGAGAACAUUGUUAAUUCUGAGCCCUUUUUUAUUAAUCAAGGACAAGAGGAGAAUGAUAAUUAUGUUGUUCCGGAUAAUUUAGAAGGAGAUCUAAAUGUUAAUGCGUGGACCCUGCAAGAUCCCACCAUGGUGUCCACGUUGCAGAUUAAGUAAGAUUUUGUUAAUGAAAGUAGUGAGGAGGGUGCAAAGGUGGUGGAGCCGGUGAUGGCCACCGCAACAACGACUACUACGCAGCUUCUUGAGAUACCGUGCGAGAGACAUGAGGUGAAGUUUGAGGCUGAUCAAGAAUUGGUUGAGAGGAGGUUUGUGCCUUCGACACAGUUGCUUAUAUCAUCUUAGAUUUUGUUAUAGGGCUUGUUGGAAAAUUAAUCAAAAUGAAGGUAUACAUUGGAGAUUCAAAUAUCUCAGGUCAUCUUGUUGUUGAGGAUGAUGGCAUUUGGGCAAGGGGAA